GGAAAAUGGCUACGGGGAGACUGAGCCUUCAGAGCAACAAACACCAUUGAAGGACCUCAUUAAAUCAGCCAACAUAUAAGUGGAUUCUGCCUUCUUUUCCUUUUUCUGCUUCCUUUGUUCUCCGCUCCUGGUGAUCUCUAGCCAGAAACAGUUUCACAACUGAUCCAACCAACAUGUGGGAGCCCUCCUGGAAGGCUUUGGAAAGCCUUCCACUUCUGCUCUAUAUUUUGAUCGCAAAAUCCAUAAUUCUUUGCUUGGCAUUUGCUGGAGGCAAAAUGUGGCAGAGGAAAAGACUUGAAGCACAAAGGAAACAGAAAUUGGAGGCCAUGAAGAAAAAAACAAUUGAGAAGGAUGAAUGACAGAUCUCACAAAGGUGGAUGGAGAAAGCACACACCCAGCCCUAAAGGAUGGAUCAAACUGCUAAAGCCUCAAUAGAAGGAUCCCCCUGGAGCCGUCCUAGUCACCCCCACCCCUGUAAAGCUGGAAGGGCAGAAUACUUGGACUUAUGUGCACACCCAGCUACCUGGGCAGAUAAUUCCCUAAUUUAAUUAGCAGUAGCUAAAGGGGGUCCCUCAGACUGAAAAAAAUCUCAGCCCCUAGCCAGUGGUCUCUGUGCCUCAAAAGCCUACCAAAUGCCCUAGGCUUCCAGGAAAUUUGUAUCCACCCUGUUCUUAGAGCAGCCUUUCACUUUGAACAUCCCCAGACCCACCUGUAUCAGCCCUCUGAUAAGGGUUGGGUCACUGACCCUUUUUCUUUUAACCGGAUACAUGCACUAUGUAGAAAUUGCACUGGGACCCCUGACACCUCCAGGAAGAGAAUGAGGAUGUAAUCCUCUAAUUGUACAUACUAGUAUCCUCAGGAGCCACUGCCCUGCCACAUUUGGGGGUGGGGCAUGGCGUGGGGUCCCUAAAAAGUUCCAAAAGUUCCCAUCACUGGCCUAGCAUAUGCUAAGCAAUUAGUAAAUGCUUCUUGACUAAUUGAUUUGGAGCCAGGAAAAUCUGAGUAGGGGUAGGUAGGUAGAAAAGCCAGCCUGGAGAGAACAGUUGUUAGAUUCAAAUCUAUGGCCUCAGACACUGCCCAGCUGUGUGACCCUGGGCAAGUCACUU